AUGAUUACCGCUGGCGGCGGACCGAUGCCUCUGCGUUACGAGGCCCCCCCCGCAGGCCCGAAACACAAGAAUGGGAGGAUCCAUAGAGUGCUAGGAACGAAAUUUGCCGGUAGGCUAUCGUGCCUUGACUAUCCCGAUCGCCUCCACGACGAUGUCUAUAUGGGGUAUUACCCCGCGCCACCCAGCAAUGGAGAUCAGAUCGUAGUUUCAUGGUGCGGAAAUAGAUGGCCUGAGGAUUCCUUUAGACUCAUCCACGACCCUAAUUAUGAUGAGAAUAUCGAGGAAUCAGACCUGAAUAAUAUUCAUAACACCUAUCUUAGUCCCUUUCUACUUUCAAUCUUUCUAGACUCAGACUUUUUCGAGCAUGACUACGAAGGAGAUAUCGAUAACUGGGCGAGCGCUAUACAGGCGUCUAGUGAAGAGAAAUUCCAGGGUACUAUAAACUAUAGUUAG